AUCUUCAACAUUUUGACCAAAACCAUGGACUAACCCCUUUGGAAAAAUGCGAAUUUUGUGGGUGUUUGAAACCGAUCUUUUGGUUAUUCACAAGGUCUUGUUUGGUAUAUAAAACGUCGAAAAAUGUUUUUUUUAAGAUUUAUUUUCACGAUCUAUGACAUCGGAAUACAAGGGGUUACAAGGAAUUACAGGUGGUUACAAGGGGUUACAAGGGGUGACAAGGGGUUACAAUGGGUUACAGGGGGUUACAAGGGUUACAGGAGGUUACAAGGGGUUACAAUGGGUGACAGGUGGUUACAAGGGGUUACAGGGGGUUACAAGGGGUUACAGGCGGUUACAAAGGAUUAUAGAAACUUUUUCUAACUAGAACGUUCCCAGAGACUUUUUCUUGGCCCGUUUUGCAUACAAAUCAAAGUUGAAGAAAUCUCAAAUUUUUGACCAAAACGAUCGACUAACCCCUUUAGAAAAACUCUAAUUUUGCGUUUUUCAUAAACAGUUGUUUUUAAAGUCUUUAAAGGCUUCUUUUUUAUCUAGAACGUCAGGAAACACGUUUUUUCUCAAUCUAUUUUUAACAAACACAAAAGAUGAAAAAACUUCAACUUUCUGACCAAAAUCAUGGACUAUCCCCUUUGCAAAAAUGGCAAUUUUGCCUUCUUUUUAAAUCCAUGUUUAUAUUGUCUAGAAAGGCUUGUUUUCUAAGAAGAACGUCACUGAAUACUUUUUCUCGGUGUAUUUUGCAUAAAACGAAACGUUAAAAAAUUUCAAAUUUUGGCCAAAACCAUGGACUAACCCCUUUGGAAAAAUGCGAAUUUUGUGGGUGUUUGAAACCGAUGUUUUGGUUAUUCACUAGGGCUUGUUUGCUAUAUAAAACGUCGAAAAAUCGUUAUUUUACAAUUUAUUUUGACGAUCUAUGACAUGGGAAUACAAGGGGUUACAAGGAAUUACAGGUGGUUACAAGGAGUUACAAGGGGUGACAAGGGGUUACAAUGGCUUACAGGGGGUUACAAGGGGUUACCGGGGGUUACAAGGGGUUACAGGGGGUUACAAGGGGUUACAGGGGGAUACAAUGGGUUACAAGGGGUGACAGGGGGUUACAAGGGGUUACAAGGGAAUACAGGGGGUUAUAAAGGAUUAUAGAAACUUUUUCUAACUAGAACGUUCCCAGAUACUUUUUCUUGGUCUGUUUUGCAUAAAAAUCAAAGUUGAAGAAAUCUCAAAUUUUUGACGAAAACGAUGGACUAACCCCUUUGGAAAAAUUCUAAUUUUGCGUUUGUCAUAAACAGUUGUUUCUGAAGUCUUUAAAGGCUUCUUUUUUAUCUAGAACGUCAGCAACACUUUUUCUCGAUCUAUUUUGAUAAACACAAAAGAUGAAAAAACUUCAACUUUCUGACCAAAAUCAUGGACUAUCCCCUUUGCAAAUUUGCCAAUUUUGCCUUCUUUUUUAAUCCAUGUUUAUACUGUCUACAAAGGCUUGUUUUCUAAGCAGAACGUCACCAAAUACUUUUUCUCGGUGUAUUUUGGAUAAAACGAAACCUUAACAAAAUUUCAAAUUUUUGACCAAAACCAUGGACUAACCCCUUUGGAAAAAUGUCAAUUUUCUGGGUGUUUGGAACCGAUCUUUUGGUUAUUUACAAGGGCUCUUUUGCUAUAUAAAACGUCGAAAAAUCGUUUUUUUACGAUUUAUUUUCACGAUCUAUAACAUGGGAAUACAGGGGGUUUCAAGGAAUUACAGGUGGUUACAAGGGGUUACAAGGGGUGACAAGUGGUUAGAAGGGGUUACAUUGGGUUACAAGGGGUGACAGGGGCUUACAAGGGGUUACAAAGGGUUACAAGGGGUUACAGGGGGUUACAAGGGGUGGCAGGGGGUUACAAGGGGUGACAUGGGGUUACAAGGGGUGACAGGGGCUUACAAGGGGUGACAGGUGGUUACAAGGGGUUACAAGGGGUAACAGGGGUUUACAAGGAGUUACUUGGGGUUACAAAGGAUUUUAGAACCUUUUAAACUAGAACGUUUCCAGAUACUUUUCCUUGGUCUAUUUUUCAUAAAAAUCAAAGUUGAAGACAUGUCAAUUUUUUUACCAAAACGAUGGACUAACCCCUUAGGAAAAAAUCUAAUUCUGCGUUUUUCAUAAACACUUGUUUUUAAAGUCUUUAAAGGCUUCUUUUUUAUCUGGAACGUCAGCAAACACUUUUUCUCGAUCUAUUUUUGAUAAACACAAAAGAUGAAAAAACUUCAAAUUUUUGACGAAAAUCAUGGACUAUCCCCUUUGCAAAUUUACCAAUUUUGCCUACUUUUUUAAAUCCAUCUUUAUACUGUCUAGAAAGGGUUGUUUUCUAAGGAGAACGUCACCAAAUACUUUUUGUCGGUGUAUUUCGCAUAAAACGAAACGUUUAACAAAUUUCAAAUUUUUGACCGAAACCAUGGACUAACUCUUUUGCAAAAAUGCGAAUUUUGUGGGUGUUUGAAACCGAUGUUUUCGUUAUUCACAAAGGCUUGUUUGCUAAAUAAAACGUUUAAAAUCGUCUUUUUACGAUUUAUUUUUACGAUCUAUGACAUGGGAAUACAGAGGGUUACAAGGGGUUACAAGAGAUUAAAAGAGGUUACAAGGGGUGACAGUGGGUUACAAGCGGUUACAGUGGGUUACAACGGGUGACAGGGGGUUAAAAGGGGUUACAGAUGGUUGCAAGGGGUAACAGGGGGAUACAAGGGCUUACAGGCGGUUACAAAGGAUGAUAGAAGCUUUUUCUAACUAGAACGUUCCCAGAUACUUUUUCUUGGUCUGUUUUGUAUAAAAAUGAAAGUUGAAGAAAUCUCAAAUUUUUGACCAAAACGAUGGACUAACCCCUUUGGAAAAAUUCUAAUUUUGCGUUUUUGAUAAACAGUUGUUUUUAAGGUCUUUAAAGGCUUUUUUUUUAUGUAGAACAUCAGCAAACACUUUUUCUCGAUCUAUGUUUAAAAAACACAAAACAUGAAAAAACUUUAACUUUUUGACCAAAAUCAUGGACUAUCACCUUUGCAAAAAUGCCAAUUUUGCCUUCUUUUUAAAUCCAUGUUUAUAUUGUCUAGAAAGGCUUGUUUUCUAAGGAGAACGUCACCAAAUACUUUUUCUCGGUGUAUUUUGCAUAAAACGAAACGUUAACAAAAUUUCAAAUAUUUGACCAAAACCAAUUUUCUGGGUGUUUCAAACCGAUGUUUUCGUUAUUCGCAAAGGCUUGUUUGCUAUAUAAAACGUUUAAAAUCGUCUUUUUACGAUUUAUUUUCACGAUCUAUGACAUGGGAAUACCGGGGGUUACCAGGGGUUACAGGAGGUUACAAGGGGUUACAAGGGGUGACAAGAGGUUACAAAUGGUUACAUGAGGUUACAAGGAGUUACAGCGGGUUACAACGGGUUACAGGAGGUUAAAAGGGGUUACAAGGGGUGACAGGGGGUUACAAGGGGUUACAAGGGCUGACAGGGGGUUAGAAGGGGUUACAGUGGGUUACAACGGGUGACAGGGGGUUACAACGGUUUACAGGGGGUUGCAAGGGGUGACAGGGGGUUACAAGGGGUUACAGGCGGUUACAAAGGAUUAUAGAAACUUUUUCUAGCUAGAACGUUCCCAGAUACUUUUUCUUGGUCCGUUUUGCAUAAAAAUCAAAGUUGAAGAAAUCUCAAAUUUUUGACCAAAACGAUAGACUAACCCCUUUGGAAAAACUCUAAUUUUGCGUUUUCCAUAAACAGUUGUUUUUAAAGUCUUUAACGGCUUCUUUUUUAUCUAGAACGUCAGGAAACACUUGGAAAAAGGCUUGUUUGGUAUAUAAAACGUUUAAAAUCGUCUUUUUACGAUUUAUUUUCACGAUCUAUGACAUGGGAAUACCGGGGGUUACAAGGGGUUACAAGGGGUUACAAGCGGUUACAAGGGGUGACAAGAGGUUACAAAGGGUUACAUGGGGUUAGAAGGGGUACAGGGGAUUACAAGGGGUUACAGGAAAUUUAAAGGGGUUACAACGGGCGACAUGGGGUUACAAUGGGUUACAGCCGGUUACAAAGGAUUAUAGAAAUUUUUUCUAACUAGAACGUUGCCAGAUACUUUUUCUUGGUCUGUUUUGCAUAAAAAUCAAAGUUGAAGAAAUCUCAAAUUUUUGACCAAAACGAUGGACUAACCCCUUUGGAAAAAUUCUAAUUUUGCGUUUUUGAUAAACAGUUGUUUUUAAAGUCUUUAAAGGCUUCUUUUUUAUCUAGAACGUCAGCAAACACUUUUUCUCGAUCUAUUUUUAGAAAACACAAAAGAGGAAAAAACUUCAACUUUUUCACCAAAAUCAUGGACUAUCCCCUUUGCAAAAAUGCCAAUUUUGCCUUUUUUUUUAAUCCAUGUUUAUAUUGUCUAGAAAGGCUUGUUUUCUAAGGAGAACGUCACUAAAUACUUUUUCUCGGUGUAUUUUGCAUAAAACGAAACGUUUACAAAAUUUCAAAUUUUUGACCAAAACCAUGGACUAACCCCUUUGGAAAAAUGCGAAUUUUGUGGGUGUUUGAAACCGAUGUUUUGGUUAUUCGCAAAGGCUUGUUUGCUAUAUAAAACGUUUAAAAUCGUCUUUUUACGAUUUAUUUUCACGAUCUAUGACAUGGGAAUACAGGUGGUUACAAGGGGUUACAAGGGGUGACAAGAGGUUACAAAGGGUUACAAGGGUUUACAAGGGGUUACAGGGGGUUACAAGGGGUUGCAGGAGAUUAAAAGGGGUUACAAGGGGUGACAGAGGGUUACAAGGUGUUACAGUGGGUUACAAGGGGUCUGAGGGGGUUACAAUGGUUACAGUGGGUUACAACGGGUGACAGGGGGUUACAAGGGGUUAACGGGGGUUACAAGGGGUUACAGGCGGUUAGAAAAGAUUAUAGAAACUUUUUCUAACUAGAACGUUGGCAGAUACUUUUUCUUGGUCUGUUUUGCAUUAAAAUCUAAGUUGAAGAAAUCUCAAAUUUUUUACCAAAACAAUGCACUAACCCCUUUGGAAAAAUUCUAAUUUUGCGUUUUUCCUAAACAGUUGUUUUUAAAGUCUUUAAAGGCUUCUUUUUUUAUCUAGAACGUCAGGAAACACUUUUUCUCAGUCUAUUUUUAAAAAACACAAAAGAUGAAAAAACUUCAACUUUCUGACCAAAAUCAUGGACUAUCCCCUUUGCAAAAAUGCAAAUUUUUUGGGUGUUUGAAACCGAUGUUUUGGUUAUUCACAAAGGCUUGUUUGCUAUCUAAAACGUUUAAAAUCGUCUUUUUAAGAUUUAUUUUCACGAUCUAUGACAUGGGAAUACAGGGGGUUACAAGGAAUUACAGGUGGUUACAAGGGGUUACAAGGGGUGACAAGAGGUUACAAAGGGUUACAUGGGGUUACAAGGGGCUACAGGCGGUUACAAGGGGUUACACGAGGUUAAAAGGGGUUACAACGGGUGACAGGGGGUUACAAGGGGUUACAGGGAGUUGGAAGGGGUGACAGGGUGUCACAAGGGGUUACAGGCGGUUACAAAGGAUUAUAGAAAUUUUUUCUAACUAGAACGUUCCCAGAUACUUUUUCUUGGUCUGUUUUGCAUAAAAAUCAAAGUUGAAGAAAUCUCAAUUUUUUGACCAAAACGAUGGACUAACCCCUUUGGAAAAACUCUAAUUUUGCGUUUUUGAUAAACAGUUGUUUUUAAAGUCUUUAAAGGCUUCUUUUUUAUGUGGAACGUCAGCAAACACUUUUUCUCGAUCUAUUUUCAAAAAACACAAAAGAUAAAAAAACUUCAACUUUUUAACCAAAAUCCUGGACUAUCCCCUUUGCAAAAAUGCCAAUUUGCCUUUUUUUAAAUCCAUGUUUAUAUUGUCUAGAAAGGCUUGUUUUUUAAGACGAACGUCACUGAAUACUUUUUCUUGGUGUAUUUUGCAUAAAACGAAACGUUAGCAAAAUUUCAAAUUUUGACCAAAACCAUGGACUAACCCCUUUGGAAAAAUGCGAAUUUUAUGGGUGUUUGAAACCGAUGUUUUGGUUAUUCACUAGGGCUUGUUUCCUAUAUAAAACGUCGAAAAAUCCUUAUUUUAAAAUUUAUUUUGACGAUCUAUGACAUGGGAAUACAAGGGGUUACAAGGAAUUACAGGUGGUUACAAGGGGUUACACGGGGUGACAAGGGGUUACAAUGGGUUACAGGGGGUUACAAGGGGUUACAGGGUGUUGGAAGGGGUGACAGGGUGUUACAAGGGGUUACAGGCGGUUACAAAGGAUUAUAGAAAUUUUUUCUAACUAGAACGUUCCCAGAUACUUUUUCUUGGUCUGUUUUACAUAGAAAUCAAAGUUGAAGAAAUCUCAAAUUUUUGACGAAAACGAUGGACUAACCCCUUUGGAAAAAUUCUAAUUUUGCGUUUGGCAUAAACAGUUGUUUCUGAAGUCUUUAAAGGCUUCUUUUUUAUCUAGAACGUCAGCAACACUUUUUCUCGAUCUAUUUUUGAUAAACACAAAAGAUGAAAAAACUUCAACUUUGUGACCAAAAUUAUGGACUAUCCCCUUGGCAAAAAUGCCAAUUUUUCCUUCUUUUUUAAUCCAUGUUUAUACUGUCUACGAAGGCUUGUUUUCUAAGGAGAACAUCACCAAAUCCUUUUACUCGGUGUAUUUCGCAUAAAACGAAACGUUUACAAAAUUUCAAAUUUUUGACCAAAACCAUGGACUAACCCCUUUGGAAAAAUGCCAAUUUUAUGGGUGUUUGAAACCGAUGUUUUCGUUAUUCACAAAGGCUUGUUUGCUAUAUAAAACGUUUAAAAUCGUCUUUUUACGAUUUAUUUUCAGGAUCUAUGACAUGGGAAUACAGAGGGUUACAAGGGGUUACAAGGGGUGACAAGAGGUUACAAAGGGUUACAUGGGGUUACAAGGGGCUACAGGGGGUUACAAGGGGUUACAGGAGGUUAAAAGGGUUUACAACGGGUUACAGGGGGUUACAAGGGGUUACAGGCGGUUACGAAGGAUUAUAGAAAUUUUUUCUAACUAGAACGUUCCCAGAUACUUUUUCUUGGUCUGUUUUGCAUAAAAAUCAAAGUUGAAGAAAUCUCAAAUUUUUGACGAAAACGAUGGACUAACCCCUUUGGAAAAAUUCUAAUUUUGCGUUUUUGAUAAACAGUUGGUUUUAAAGUCUUUAACGGCUUCUUUUUUAUGUAGAACGUCAGCAAACACUUUUUCUCGAUCUAUUUUUACAAAACACAAAAGAUGAAAAAACUUCAACUUUUUAACCAAAAUCAUGGACUAUCCCCUUUGCAAAAAUGCCAAUUUUGCCUUUUUUUUAAAUCCAUGUUUAUACUGUCUACAAAGGCUUGUUUUCUAAGGAGAACAUCACCAAAUCCUUUUACUCGGUGUAUUUCGCAUAAAACGAAACGUUUACAAAAUUUCAAAUUUUUGACCAAAACCAUGGACUAACCCCUUUGGAAAAAUGCCAAUUUUAUGGGUGUUUGAAACCGAUGUUUUCGUUAUUCACAAAGGCUUGUUUGCUAUAUAAAACGUUUAAAAUCGUCUUUUUACGAUUUAUUUUCACGAUCUAUGACAUGGGAAUACAGAGGGUUACAAGGGGUUACAAGGGGUUACAAGGGGUGACAAGAGGUUACAAAGGGUUACAUGGGGUUACAAGGGGCUACAGGGGGUUACAAGGGGUUACAGGAGGUUAAAAGGGUUUACAACGGGUUACAGGGGGUUACAAGGGGUUACAGGCGGUUACGAAGGAUUAUAGAAAUUUUUUCUAACUAGAACGUUCCCAGAUACUUUUUCUUGGUCUGUUUUGCAUAAAAAUCAAAGUUGAAGAAAUCUCAAAUUUUUGACGAAAACGAUGGACUAACCCCUUUGGAAAAAUUCUAAUUUUGCGUUUUUGAUAAACAGUUGUUUUUAAAGUCUUUAACGGCUUCUUUUUUAUGUAGAACGUCAGCAAACACUUUUUCUCGAUCUAUUUUUACAAAACACAAAAGAUGAAAAAACUUCAACUUUUUAACCAAAAUCAUGGACUAUCCCCUUUGCAAAAAUGCCAAUUUUGCCUUUUUUUUAAAUCCAUGUUUAUAUUGUCUAGAAAGGCUUGUUUUCUAAGGAGAACGUCACCAAAUACUUUUUCUCGGUGUAUUUUGCAUAAAACGAAACGUGUAGAAAAUGUCAAAUUUUUAACCAAAACCAUGGACUAACCCUUUUGGAAAAAUGCCAAUUUUGUGGGUGUUUGAAACCGAUGUUUUGGUUAUUCACAAGGGCUUGUUUGCUAUAUAAAAGGUCGAAAAAUCGUUUUUUUACGAUUUAUUUUGACGAUCUAUAACAUUGGAAUUUAGGGGGUUACAAGGAAUAACAGGUGGUUACAAGGUUUUACAAGGGGUGAAGGGGGGUUACAAUGGGUUACAGGGGGUUACAAGGGGUGACAGGGGGUUACAAGGGGUGACAGGUGGUUACAAGGGGUUACAAGGGGUAACAGGGGUUUACAAGGAGUUACAUCGGCUUACAAAGGAUUUUAGAACCUUUUUUCAAACUAGAACGUUUCCAGAUACUUUUCCUUGGUCUAUUUUGCAUAAAAAUCAAAGUUGAAGAAAUGUCAAAUUUUUGACCAAAACGAUGGACUAACCCCUUAGAAAAAAUUCUAAUCCUGCGUUUUUGAUAAACACUUGUUUUUAAAGUCUUUAAAGGCUUUUUUUUUUAUCUAGAACGUCAGCAAACACUUUUUCUCGAUCUAUUUUUACAAAACACAAAACAUCAAAAAACUUCAAAUUUUUGACGAAAAUCAUGGACUAUCCCCUUUGCAAAAAUACCAAUUUUUCUUUUGUUUUAAAUCCAUGUUUAUACUGUCUAGAAAGGGUUGUUUUCUAAGGAGAACGUCACCAAAGACUUUUUCUCGGUGUAUUUCGCAUAAAACGAAACGUUUAACAAAUUUCAAAUUUUUGACCGAAACCAUGGACUAACCCUUUUGGAAAAAUGCGAAUUUUGUGGGUGUUUCAAACGGAUGUUUUGGUUAUUCACAAAGGCUUGUUUGCUAAAUAAAACGUUUAAAAUCGUCUUUUUAGGAUUUAUUUUUACGAUCUAUGAUAUGGGAUUACAGAGGGUUACAAGGGGUUACAGGAGAUUAAAAGAGGUUACAAGGGGUGACAGUGGGUUACAAGCGGUUACAGUGGGUUACAAGGGGUGACAGGGGGCUACAAGGGUUACAGUGGGUUACAACGGGUGACAGGGGGUUAAAAGGGGUUACAGGGAGUUGCAAGGGGUAACAGGGGGUUACAAGGGGUUACAGGCGGUUACAAAGGAUUAUAGAAACUUUUUCUAACUAGAACGUUUCCAGAUACUUUUUCUUGGUCUGUUUUGUAUAAAAAUAAACGUUGAAGAAAUGUCAAAUUUUUGACCAAAACCAUGGACUAACCCCUUUGGAAAAAAGCCAAUUUUGUGGGUGUUUGAAACCGAUGUUUUCGUUAUUCGCAAAGGCUUGUUUGCUAUAUAAAACGUUUAAAAUCGUCUUUUUCCGAUUUAUUUUCACGAUCUAUGACAUGGGAAUACAGGGGGUUACAAGGGAUUCCAGGGGGUUACAAGGGUUGACAAGAGGUUACAAAGGGUUAUAUGAGGUUUCAAGGAGUUACAGGAGGUUACAAGGGGUUACAACGGGUGACAGGGGGUUACAAGGGGUUACAGUGGGUUACAAGGGCUGACAGGGGGUUACAAGGGGUUACAGUGGGUUACAACGGGUGAUAGGGGGUUAGAACGGUUUACAGGGGGUUGCAAGGGGUGACAGGGGGUUACAAGGCGUUAGAGGCGGUUACAAAGGAUUGUAGAAACUUUUUCUAACUAGAACGUUCCCAGAUACUUUUUCUUGGUCCGUUUUGCAUAAAAAUCAAAGUUGAAGAAAUCUCAAAUUUUUGAACUAAACGUUAGACUAACCCCUUUGGAAAAACCCUAAUUUUCCGUUUUUCAUAAACAGUUGUUUUUAAAGUCUUUAAAGGCUUCUUUUUUAUCUAGAACCUCAGCAAACACUUUUUCUCGAUCUAUUUUUGAUAAACACAAAAGAUGAAAAAACUUCAACUUUCUGACCAAAAUCAUGGACUAUCCCCUUUGCAAAAAUGCCAAUUUUUCCUUCUUUUUUAAUCCAUGUUUAUACUGUCUAGGAAGGCUUGUUUUCUAAGAAGAACGUCACCAAAUACUUUUUUUCGGUGUAUUUUGCAUAAAACGAAACGUUUACAAAAUUUCAAAUUUUUGACCAAAAGCAUGGAGUAACCCCUUUGGAAAAAUGCGAAUUUUGUGGGUGUUUGAAACCGAUGUUUUCGUUAUUCACAAAGGCUUGUUUGCUAUAUAAAACGUUUAAAAUCGUCUUUUUAUGAUUUAUUUUCACGAUCUAUGACAUGGGAAUACAGGGGGUUACAAGGGGUUACAAUGGGUUACAAGGGGUGACAAGAGGUUACAAAGGGUUACAUGGGGUCACAUGGGAAUACAGGGGGUUACAAGGGGUUACAAGGGGUUACAAGGGGUUACAAGGGGUUACAAGGGGUGACAAGAGGUUACAAAGGGUUACAUGGGGUCACAAGGGGCUACAGGGGGUUACAAGGGGUUACAGGAGGUUAAAAGUGGUUACAAUGGGUGACAGGGGGUUACUAGGGGUUAAAGGCGGUUACAAAGAAUUAUAGAAAUUUUUUCUAACUAGAACCUUCCCAGAUACUUUUUCUUGGCCUGUUUUGCAUAAAAAUCAAAGUUGAAGAAAUCUCAAAUUUUUUACCAAAACGAUGGACUAACCCCUUUGGAAAAAUUCUAAUUUUGCGUUUUUGAUAAACAGUUGUUUUUAAAGUCUUUAAAGGCUUCUUUUUUAUCUAGAACGUUAGCAAACACUUUUUCUCGAUCUAUUUUCAAAAAACACAAAAGAUGAAAAAACUUCAACUUUUUGACCAAAAUCAUAGACUAUCCCCUUUGCAAAAAUGCCAAUUUUGCCUUUUUUUUAAAUCCAUGUUUAUAUUGUCUAGAAAGGCUUGUUUUCUAAGGAGAACGUCACCAAAUACUUUUUCUCGGUGUAUUUUGCAUAAAACGAAACGUUAAAAAAUUCCAAAUUUUUGACCAAAACCAUGGACUAACCCCUUUGGAAAAAUACGAAUUUUGUGGGUGUUUGAAACCGAUGUUUUGGUUAUUCACUAGGGCUUGUUUGCUAUAUAAAACGUCGAGAAAUCGUUAUUUUACGAUUUAUUUUCACGAUCUAUGACAUGGGAAUACAAGGGGUUACAAGGAAUUACAGGUGGUUACACGGGGUUAUAAGGGGUGACAAGCGGUUACAAUGGGUUACAGGGGGUUACAAGGGGUUACAGGAGGUUACAAGGGGUUACAAGGGGUGACAGGGGGUUACAAGGCGUUUCAAGGGGUUACAAGGGAAUACAGUGGGUACAAAUGAUUAUAUAAACUUUUUCUAAGUUGAACGUUGCAGAUACUUUUUGUUGCUCUGUUUUGCAUAAAAAUCAAAGUUGAAGAAAUCUCAAAUUUUUGACCUAAACGAUGGACUAACCCCUUUGGAAAAAUUCUAAUUUUGCGUUUUUCAUAAACACUUGUUUUUGAAGUCUUUAAAGGCUUCUUUUUUAUGUAGAACGUCAGCAAACACUUUUUCUCGAUCUAUUUUUAAAAACCACAAAAGAUGAAAAAACUUCAACUUUUUGACCAAAAUCAUGGACUAUCCUCUUUGCAAAAAUGCCAAUUUUGCCUUUUUUUUAAAUCCAUGUUUAUAUUGUCUAGAAAGGCUUGUUUUCUAAGGAGAACGUCACCAAAUACUUUUUCUCGGUGUAUUUUGCAUAAAACGAAACGUUAACAAAAUUUCAAAUUUUUCACCGAAACCAUGGACUAACCCCUUUGCCAAAAAGCCAAUUUUGUGGGUGUUUGAAACCGAUGUUUUCGUUAUUCGCAAUGGCUUGUUUGCUAUAUAAAACGUUUAAAAUCGUCUUUUCACGAUUUAUUUUCACGAUCUAUGACAUGGGAAUACAGGGGGUUACAAGGGGUUACAGGAGGUUACAAGGGGUGACAAGAGGUUACAAAGCGUUACAUGAGGUUACAAGGGGCUACAGAGGGUUACAAGGGGUUACAGGAGGUUAAAAGGGGUUACAACGGGUGACAGGGGGUUAAAGGGGUUACAGGCGGUUACAAAGGAUUGUAGAAAAUUUUUCUAACUAGAACAUUCCGAGAUAGUUUUUCUUGGUCUGUUUUGCAUAAAAAUCAAAGUUGAAGAAAUCUCAAAUUUUUUACCAAAACGAUGUACUAACCCCUUUGGAAAAAUUCUAAUUUUCCGUUUUUUAUAAACACUUGUUUUUGAAGUCUUUAAAGGCUUCUUUUUUAUCUAGAACGUCAGCAAACACUUUUUCUCGAUCUAUUUUUAAAAAAACACAAAAGAUGAAAAAACUUCAACUUUUUGGCCAAAAUCAUGGACUAUGCCCUUUGCAAAAAUGCCAAUUUUGCCUUUUUUUUAAAUGCAUGUUUAUAUUGUCUAGAAAGGCUUCUUUUGUAAGAAGAACGUCACCAAAUACUUUUUCUCGGUGUAUUUUGCAUAAAACGAAACAUUAACAAAAUUUCAAAUUUUGACCAAAACCAUGGACUAACCCCUUUGGAAAAAUGCCAAUGUUGUGGGUGUUUGAAACCGAUGUUGUGGUUAUUCAGUAGGGCUUGUUUGCUAUAUAAAACGUCGAAAAAUCGUUAUUUUACCAUUUAUUUUGACGAUCUAUGACAUGGGAAUACAAGGGGUUACAAGGAAUUACAGGAGGUUACAAGGGGUUACAAGGGGUGACAAGGGGUUACAGGGGGUUACAAGGGGUUACAGGGGGUUACAAUGGGUUACAUUGGGUUACAAGGGGUUACAGGGGGUUACAAGGGGUUACAGGGGGUUACAAGGGGUUACAGGGGGAUACAAUGGGUUACAAGGGGUGACAGGGGGUUACAAGGGGUUACAAGGGAAUACAGGGGGUUGUAAAGGAUUUUAGAAACUUUUUCUAACUAGACCGUUCCCAGAUACUUUUUCUUGGUCUGUUUUGCAUAAAAAUCAAAGUUGAAGAAAUCUGAAAUGUUUGACGAAAACGAUGGACUAACCCCUUUGGAAAAAUUCUAAUUUUGUGUUUGUCAUAAACAGUUGUUUCUGAAGUCUUUAAAUGCUUCUUUUUUAUCUAGAACGUCAGCAACACUUUUUCUCGAUCUAUUUUUGAUAAAGACAAAACAUGAAAAAACUUCAACUUUCUGACCAAAAUCAUGGACUAUUCCCUUUGCAAAAAUGCUAAUUUUGCCUUCUCUUUUAAUCCAUGUUUAUACUGUCUAGAAAGGCUUGUUUUCUAAGGACAACGUCACCAAAUCCUUUUACUCGGUGUAUUUUGCAUAAAACGAAACGUUUACAAAAUUUCAAAUUUUUGACCAAAACCAUGGACUAACCCCUUUGGAAAAAUGCCAGUGUUAUGGGUGUUUGAAACCGAUGUUUUCGUUAUUCACAAAGGCUUGUUUGCUAUAUAAAACGUUUAAAAUCGUCUUUUACGAUUUAUUUUCACGAUCUAUGACAUGGGAAUACAGGGGGUUACAAGGGGUGACAAGAGGUUACAAAGGGUUACAUGGGGUUACAAGGGGCUACAGGGGGUUACAAGGUGUUACAGGAGGUUAAAAGGGGUUACAACGGGUGACAGGGGGUUACAAGGGGUUACAAGGGGUGACAGGGGUUUAUAAGGAGUUACAUGGGGUUACAAAGGAUUUUAGAACCUUUUUUCAAACUAUAACGUUUCCAGAUACUUUUCCUUCGUCUAUUUUGCAUAAAAAUCAAAGUUGAAGAAAUGUCAAACUUUGGACCAAAACGAUGGACUAACCCCUUAGGAAAAAUUCUAACGCUGCGUUUUUCACAAACAGUUGUUUUUAAAGUCUUUAAAGGCUUCUUUUUUAUCUAGAACCUCAGCAAACACUUUUUCUCGAUCUAUUUUUGAUAAAGACAAAAAAUGAAAAAACUUCAAAUUUUUAACGAAAAUCAUGGACUAUCCCCUGUGCAAAAAUGCCAAUUUUGCCUUUUUUAAAAAAUCCAUGUUGAUACUGUGUAGAAAGGCUUGUUUUCUAAGGAGAACGUCACCAAAGACUUUUUCUCGGUGUAUUUCGCAUAAAACGAAACGUUUAGAAAAUUUCAAAUUUUUGACCGAAACGAUGGACUAACCCCUUUGGAAAACUGCGAAUUUUAUGGGUGUUUGAAACCGAUCUUUUCGUUCUUCACAAAGGCUUGUUUGCUAAAUAAAACGUUUAAAAUCGUCUUUUUAAGAUUUAUUUUUACGAUCUAUGACAUGGGAAUACCGGGGGUUACAAGGGGUUACAAGGGGUGACAAGAGGUUACAAAGGGUUACAGGGGGUUACAAGGGGUUACAGGGGGUUACAAGGGGUUACAAGGGGUGACAAGAGGUUACAAAGGGUAAAAUGGGGUUACAAGGGGCUACAAAGGGUUACAAGGGGUUACAGGAGGUUACAAGGGGUUACAAGGGGUGACAGGGGGUUACAAGGCGUUUCAAGGGGUUACAGGGGGUUGCAAGGGAAUACAGGGGGUACAAAGACUUUAUAUAAACUUUUUCUAAGUAGAACGUUCCCAGAUACUUUUUCUUGCUCUGUUUUGCAUAAAAAUCAAAGUUGAAGAAAUCUCAAAUUUUUUUCUCAAAACGAUGUACUAACCCCUUUGGAAAAAUUCUAAUUUUCCGUUUUUCAUAAACACUUGUUUUUGAAGUCUUUAAAGGCUUCUUUUUUAUCUAGAACGUCAGCAAACACUUUUUCUCGAUCUAUUUUUAAAAAACACAAAAGAUGAAAAAACUUAACUUUUUGACCAAAAUCAUGGACUAUCCCCUUUGCAAAAAUGCCAAUUUUGCCUUUUUUUUAAAUCCAUGUUUAUAUUGUCUAGAAAGGCUUGUUUUCUAAGAAGAACGUCACCAAAUACGUUUUCUCGGUGUAUUUUGCAUAAACGAAACGUUAACAAAAUUUCAAAUUUUUGACCAAAACCAUGGACUAACCCCUUUGGAAAAAUGCCAAUUUCGUGGGUGUUUGAAACCGAUGUUUUGGUUAUUCACAAGGGCUUGUUUGCUAUAUAAAACGUCGAAAAAUCGUUAUUUUACGAUUUAUUUUGACGAUGUAUGACAUGGGAAUAGAAGAGGUUACAAGGAAUUGCAGGAGGUUACAAGGGGUUACAAGGGGUGACAAGGGGUUGCAAUGGGUUACAGGGGGUUACAAGGGAUUACAAGGGGUUACAAGGGGUGACAGGGGGUUACAAGGGGUGACAGGGGCUUUCAAGGGGUGACAGGUGGUUACAAGGGGUUACAAGGGGUGACAGGGGUUUAUAAGGAGUUACAUGGGGUUACAAAGGAUUUUAGAACCUUUUUUCAAACUAGAACGUUUCCAGAUACUUUUCCUUGGUCUAUUUUGCAUAAAAAUCAAAGUUGAAGAAAUGUCAAAUUUUUGACCAAAACGAUGGACUAACCCCUUAGGAAAAAUUCUAAUUUUGCGUUUUUCAUAAACAGUUGUUUUUAAAGUCUUUAAAGGCUUCUUUUUUAUCUAGAACCUCAGCAAACACUUUUUCUCGAUCUAUUUUUGAUAAAGACAAAAAAUGAAAAAACUUCAAAUUUUUGACGAAACUCAUGGACUAUCCCCUGUGCAAAAAUGCCAAUUUUGCCUUUUUUUAAAAAUCCAUGUUGAUACUGUGUAGAAAGGCUUGUUUUCUAAGGAGAACGUCACCAAAGACUUUUUCUCGGUGUAUUUCGCAUAAAACGAAACGUUUACAAAAUUUCAAAUUUUUGACCGAAACCAUGGACUAACCCCUUUGGAAAAAUGCGAAUUUUAUGGGUGUUUGAAACCGAUGUUUUCGUUAUUCACAAAGGCUUCUUUGCUAAAUAAAACGUUUAAAGUCGUCUUUUUACGAUUUAUUUUUACGAUCUAUGACAUGGGAAUACAGGGGGUUACAAGGGGUUACAAGGGGUAACAAGAGGUUACAAAGGGUUACAGGAGGUUACAGGGGGUUACAAGGGGUUACAAGGGGUGACAAGAGGUUACAAAGGGUUACAUGGGGUUUCAAGGGGCUACAGAGGGUUACAAGGGGUUACACGAGGUUAAAAGGGGUUACAACGGGUGACAGGGGGUUCCAAGGGGUUACAGGCGGUUACAAAGGAUUAUAGAAACUUUUUCUAAGUAGAACGUUCCCAGAUAGUUUUUCUUGCUCUGUUUUGCAUAAAAAUCAAAGUUGAAGAAAUCUCGAAUUUUUUACCAAGACGAUGGACUAACCCCUUUGGAAAAAUUCUAAUUUUGCGUUUUUCAUAAACAGUUGUUUUUACAGUCUUUAAAGGCUUCUUUUUUAUGUAGAACGACAGCAAACACUUUUUCUCGAUCUAUUUUUAAAAAACACAAAAGAAGAAAAAACUUCAACUUUUUAACCAAAAUCAUGGACUAUCCCCUUUGCAAAAAUGCCAAUUUUGCCUUUUUUUUAAAUGCAUGUUUAUAUUGUCUAGAAAGGCUUGUUUUCUAAGGAGAACGUCACCAAAUACUUUUUCUCGGUGUAUUUUGCAUAAAACGAAACGUUCACAAAAUUUUAAAUUUUUGGCCGAAACCAUGGACUAAACCCUUUGGAAAAAUGCGAGUUUUUUGGGUGUUUAAAACCGAUGAUUUGGUUAUUCACAAGGGCUUGUUUGCUAUAUAAAACGUCGGGAAAUCGUUUUUUUACGAUUUUUUUUUACGAUCUAUGACAUGGGAAUACAAGGGCUUACAAGAAAUUGCAGGUGGUUACAAGGGGUUACAAGGGGUUACAAUGGGUUACAGGGGAUUACAAGGGGUUACAGGGAGUUACAAGGGGUUACAAGGGGUGACAGGGGGUUACAAGGCGUUUUAAGGGGUUACAGGGGGUUAGAAGGCAAUACAGGGGGUACAAAGGAUUAUAGAAACUUUUUCUAACUAGAACGUUCCCAGAUACUUUUUCUUGGUCCGUUUUCCAUAAAAAUCAAAGUUGAAGAAAUCUCAAAUUUUUUACCAAAACGAUGUACUAACCCCUUUGGAAAAAUUCUAAUUUUGCGUUUUUCAUAAACACUUGUUUUUGAAGUCUUUAAAGGCUUCUUUUUUAUCUAGAACGUCAGCAAACACUUUUUCUCGAUCUAUUUUUAAAAAACACAAAAGAUGAAAAAACUUCAACUUUUUGACCAAAAUCAUGGACUAUCCCCUUUGCAAAAAUGCCAAUUUUGCCUUUUUUUUAAAUGCAUGUUUAUAUUGUCUAGAAAGGCUUGUUUUGUAAGAAGAACGUCAGCAAAUACUUUUUCUCGGUGUAUUUUGCAUAAAACGAAACGUUAACAAAAUUUCAAAUUUUGACCAAAACCAUGGACUAGCCCCUUUGGAAAAAUGCCAAUUUUGUGGGUGUUUGAAACCGAUGUUUUGGUUAUUCACUAGGGCUUGUUUGCUAUAUAAAACGUCGAAAAAUCGUUAUUUUACAAUUUAUUUUGACGAUCUAUGACAUGGGAAUACAAGGGUUUAAAAGGAAUUACAGGAGGUUACAAGGGGUUACAAGGGGUGACAAGGGGUUACAAUGGGUUAAAGGGGGUUACAAGGGGUUGCAGGGGGUUACAAGGGGUUACUUGGGGUUACAGUGGGUUACAGGGGAUUACAAGGGGUUACAGGGGGUUACAAGGGGUGAGAGGGGGUUACAAGGGGUUACAAGGGAAUACAGGGGGUUAUAAAGGAUUAUAGAAACUUUUUCUAACUAGACCGUUCCCAUAUACUUUUUCUUGGUCUGUUUUGCAUAAAAAUCAAAGUUGAAGAAAUCUCAAAUUUUGACGAAAACGAUGGACUAACCCCUUUGGAAAAAUUCUAAUUUUGCGUUUGUCAUAAACAGGUCUUUCUGAAGUCUUUAAAGGCUUCUUUUUUAUCUAGAACGUCAGCAACACUUUUUCUUGAUCUAUUUUUGAUAAAGACAAAACAUGAAAAAACUUCAGCUUUCUGACCAAAAUCAUGGAAUAUCCCCUUUGCAAAAAUGCUAAUUUUGCCUUCUUUUUUAAUCCAUGUUUAUACUGUCUAGAAAGGCUUGUUUUCUAAGGAGAACGUCAACAAAUCCUUUUACUCGGUGUAUUUCGCAUAAAACGAAACGUUUACAAAAUUUCAAAUUUUUGACCAAAACCAUGGACUAACCCCUUUGGAAAAAUGCCAAUUUUGUGGGUGUUUGAAACCGAUGUUUUGGUUAUUCACAAGGGCUUGUUUGCUAUAUAAAACGUCGAAAAAUCGUUAUUUUACGAUUUAUUUUGACGAUCUAUGACAUGGAAAUAGAAGGGGUUACAAGGAAUUGCAGGUGGUUACAAGGGGUUACAAGGGGUGACAAGGGGUUACAAGCGGUUACAGGGGGUUACAAAGGGUUACAAGGGGUUACAAUGGGUUACAAAGGGUUACAGGGGGUUACAAGGGGUUACAAGGGGUGACAGGGGCUUUCAAGGGGUGACAGGUGGUUACAAGGGGUUACAAGGGGUGACAGGGGUUUAUAAGGAGUUACAUGGGGUUACAAAGGAUUUUAGAACCUUUUUUCAAACUAGAACGUUUCCAGAUACUUUUCCUUGGUCUAUUUUGCAUAAAAAUCAAAGUUGAAGAAAUGUUAAAUUUUUGAUCAAAACGAUGGACUAACCUCUUAGGAAAAAUUCUAAUGCUGUGUUUUUUAUAAACAGUUGUUUUUAAAGUCUUUAAAGUCUUCUUUUUUAUCUAGAACGUCAGCAAACACUUUUUCUCGAUCUAUUUUUGAUAAACACAAAAAAUGACAAAAACUUCAAAUUUUUGACGAAAAUCGUUAACUAUCCCCUGUGCAAAAAUGCCAAUUUUGCCUUUUUUUAAAAUCCAUGUUGAUACUGUCUAGAAAGGCUUGUUUUCUAAGGAGAACGUCACCAAAGACUUUUUCUCGGUGUAUUUCGCAUAAAACGAAACGUUUACAAAAUUUCAAAUUUUCGACCGAAACCAUGGACUAACCCCUUUGGAAAAAUGCGAAUUUUAUGGGUGUUUGAAACCGAUGUUUUCGUUAUUCACAAAGGCUUGUUUCCUAAAUAAAACGUUUAAAAUCGUCUUUUUACGAUUUAUUUGUACGAUCUAUGACAUGGGAAUACAGGGGGUUACAAAGGGUGACAAGAGGUUACAAAGGGUUACAGGGGGUUAGAAGGGAAUACAGGGGGUACAAAGGAUUAUAGAAACUUUUUCUAACUAGAACGUUCCCAGAUACUUUUUCUUGGUGCGUUUUGCAUAAAAAUCAAAGUUGAAGAAAUCUCAAAUUUUUUACCAAAACGAUGUACUAACCCCUUUGGAAAAAUUCUAAUUUUGCGUUUUUCAUAAACACUUGUUUUUGAAAUCUUUAAAGGCUUUUUUUUUAUCUAGAACGUCACCAAACACUUUUUCUCGAUCUAUUUUUAAAAAACACAAAAGAUGAAAAAACUUCAACUUUUUGACCAAAAUCAUGGACUAUCCCCUUUGCAAAAAUGCCAAUUUUCCCUUUUUUUUAAAUGCAUGUUUAUAUUGUCUAGAAGGGCUUGUUUUGUAAGAAGAACGUCAACAAAUACUUUUUCUCGGUGUAUUUUGCAUAAAACGAAACGUUAACAAAAUUUCAAAUUUUGACCAAAACCAUGGACUAGCCCCUUUGGAAAAAUGCCAAUUUUGUGGGUGUUUGAAACCGAUGUUUUGGUUAUUCACUAGGGCUUGUUUGCUAUAUAAAACGUCGAAAAAUCGUUAUUUUACAAUUUAUUUUGACGAUCUAUGACAUGGGAAUACAAGGGGUUAAAAGGAAUUACAGGUGGUUACAAGGGGUUACAAAGGGUGACAAGGGGUUACAAUGGGUUACAGGGGGUUACAAGGGGUUACAGGAGGUUACAAUGGGUUACAGGGGGUUACAAGGGGUUACAGUUGGUUACAAGGGGUUACAGGGGGUUACAAGGGGUGACAGGGGGUUACAAGGUGUUACAAGGGAAUACAGGGGGUUAUAAAGGAUUAUAGAAACUUUUUCUAACUAGACCGUUCCCAGAUACUUUUUCUUGGUGCGUUUUGCAUAAAAAUCAAAGUUGAAGAAAUCUCAAAUUUUUUACCAAAACGAUGUACUAACCCCUUUGGAAAAAUUCUAAUUUUGCGUUUGUCAUAAACAGUUGUUUCUGAGGUCUUUAAAGGCUUCUUUUUUAUCUAGAACGUCAGCAACACUUUUUCUUGAUCUAUUUUUGAUAAACACAAAAGAUGAAAAAACUUCAACUUUCUGACCAAAAUCAUGGACUAUCCCCUUUGCAAAAAUGCCAAUUUUGCCUUCUUUUUAAAUCCAUGUUUAUACUGUUUAGAAAGGCUUGUUUUCUAAGGAGAACGUCAACAAAUCCUUUUACUCGGUGUAUUUCGCAUAAAACGAAACGUUUACAAAAUUUCAAAUUUUUGACCAAAACCAUGGACUAACCCCUUUGGAAAAAUGCGAAUUUUAUGGGUGUUUGAAACCGAUGUUUUCGUUAUUCACAAAGGCUUGUUUGCUAAAUAAAACGUUUAAAAUCGUCUUUUUACGAUUUAUUUUCACGAUCUAUGACAUCGGAAUACCGGGGGUUACAAGGGGUUACAAGGGGUAACAAGAGGUUACAAAGGGUUACAAGGGGUUACAAGGGGUGACAGUGGGUUACAAGGGGUUACAGGGGGUUUCAAGGGAUGACAGGGGGUUACUAGGGUUACAGUGGGUUACAACGGGUGACAGGGGGUUACAAGGGGUUACAAGGGGUAACAGGGGGUUACAAGGGGUUACCGGCGGUUACAAACGAUUAUAGAAACUUUUUCUAACUAGAACGUUCCCAGGUACUUUUUCUUGGUCUGUUUUGCAUAAAAAUGAAAGUUAAAAGAAAUCUCAACUUUUUGACCCAAACGAUGGACUAACCCCUUUGGAAAAAUUCUAAUUUUGCGUUUUUCAUAAACAGGUGUUUUUAAAGUCUUUAAAGGUUUUUUUUUAUCUUAUUUGUCCUUUUUUUAAAAUCAAUGAUUAUAUUGUCUAGAAGGGCUUGUUAUCUAAGAAGAACGUCACCAAAUACUUUUUCUCGGUGUAUUUCGCAUAAAACGAAACGUUAACGAAAUUUCAAAUUUUUGACCGAAACCAUGGACCUUUGGAAUGAUGCUAAUUUUGUGGGUCUUUGAAACCGAUGUUUUGGUUAUUCACAAGGGCUUGUUUGCUAUAUAAAACGUUGAAAAAUCGUUUUUUUUUUGCGAUUUAUUUUGGUAAUCCAUGACAUUGGAAUACAAGGGGUUACCAGGAAUUACAGGUAGUUACAAGGGGUGACAAGGGGUUACAAUGGGUUACAGGGGGUUACAAGGGGUUACAGGGGGUUAGAAUGGAUUACAGAGGGUUACAAUGGGUUACUGGGGGUUACAAGGGGUUACAGGGGGUUACAAGGGAAUACAGGGAGUUACAAAGGAUUAUGGAAACUUUUUCUAACUAGAACGUUCCCGGAUACUUUUUCUUGGUCUGUUUUGCAUAACAAAUCAAAGUUGAAGAAAUCUCAAAUUUUUGACCAAAACCAUGGACUAAUCCCCUUUGGAUAAAUGCCAAUUUUGGUGGGUGUGUGAAACCGAUGUUUUCGUUAUUCGCAAAGGCUUGUUUGCUAUAUAAAACGUUUAAAAUCGUCUUUUUACAAGUUAUUUUCACGAUCUGUGACAUGGGAAUACAAGGGGUUACAAGGGGUUACAGGAGGUUACAAGGGGUUACAACGGGUGACAAGAGGUUACAAAGGGUUACAUGAGGUUAAAAGGGGUUACAAGGAGUGACAGGGGGUUACAAGGGGUUACAGUGGGUUACAAGGGCUGACAGGGGGUUACAAGGGGUUACAGUGGGUUACAAUGGGUGACAGGGGGUUACAACGGCUUACAAGGGGUUGCAAGGGGUGACAGGGGAAUACAAGGGGUUACAGGCGGUUAAAAAGGAUUAUCGAAACUUUUUCUAACUAGAACGUUCUCAGAUACUUUUUCUUGGUCCGUUUUGCAUAACAAAUCAAAGUUGAAGAAAUCUCAAAUUUUUGACCAAAACGAUAGACUAACCCCUUUGGAAAAACUCUAAUGUUGCGUUUUUCAUAAACAGUUGUUUUUAAAGUCUUUAAAGGCUUCUUUUUUAUCUAGAACGUCAGCAAACACUUUUUCUCGAUCUAUUUUUGAUAAACACAAAAGAUGAAGAAACUUCAACUUUUUGAGCAAAAUCAUGGACUAUCCCCUUUGCAAAAAAGGCAAUUUUGCCUUUUUUUCAAAUUUAUGUUUAUAUUGUCUAGAAAGGCUUGUUUUCUAAGGAGAACGUCACCAAAUACUUUUUCUCGGUGUAUUUUGCAUAAAACGAAACGUUAACAAAAUUUCAAAUUUUUGACCAAAACCAUGGACUAACCCCUUUGGAAAAAUGCGAAUUUCGUGGGUGUUUGAAACCGAUGUUUUGCUUAUUCACAAGGGCUUGUUUGCUAUAUAAAACGUCGAAAAAUCGUUUUUUUACGAUUUAUUUUGACGAUCUAUGACAUGGGAAUACAAUGGGUUACAAGGAAUUACUGGUGGUUACAACGGGUUACAAGGGGUUACAAUGGGUUACAGCGGGUUACAAGGGGUUACAGGGGGUUACAAUGGGUUACAGGGGGUUACAAGGUGUUACAAGGGGUGACAGGGGGUUACUAAGGGUUACAGGGGGUUACAAGGGAAUACAGGGAGUUAGAAAGGAUUAUGCAAACUUCUUCUAACUAGAACGUUCCCGGAUACUUUUUCUUGGUCUGUUUUGCAUAAAAAUGAAAGUUGAAGAAGUCUCAAAUUUUUGACCAAAACGAUGGACUAACCCCUUUGGAAAAACUCUAAUUUUGCGUUUUUCAUAAAUAGUUGUUUUUAAAGUCUUUAAAGGCUUCUUUUUUAUCUAGAACGUCAGCAAACAGUUUUUCUCGAUCUAUUUUUGAUAAACACAAAAGAUGAAAAAACUUCAACUUUCUGACCAAAAUCAUGGACUAUCCCCUUUGCAAAAAUGCCAAUUUUGCCUUCUUUUUAAAUGCAUGUUUAUAUUGUCUAGAAAGGCUUGUUUUCUAAGAUGAACGUCACCAAAUACUUUUUCUCGGUGUAUUUCGCAUCAAACGAAACGUUUACAAAAUUUCAAAUUUUUGACCAAAACCAUGGAUUAACCCCUUUGGAAAAAUGCCAAUUUUGGUGGGUGUGUGAAACCGAUGUUUUCGUUAUUCGCAAAGGCUUGUUUGCUAUAUAAAACGUUUAAAAUCGUCUUUUUACAAGUUAUUUUUUCGAUCUGUGACAUGGGAAUACAAGGGGUUACAAGGGGUUACAGGAGGUUACAAGGGGUUACAACGGGUGACAAGAGGUUAGAAAGGGUUACAUGAGGUUAAAAGGGGUUACAGGGGGUUGCAAGGGGUUACAGGAGGUUAAAAGGGGUUACAAGGAGUGACAGGGGGUUACAAGGGGUUACAGUGGGUUACAAGGGCUGACAGGGGGUUACAAGGGGUUACAGUGGGUUACAAUGGGUGACAGGGGGUUACAACGGCUUACAAGGGGUUGCAAGGGGUGACAGGGGAAUACAAGGGGUUACAGGCGGUUAAAAAGGAUUAUCGAAACUUUUUCUAACUAGAACGUUCUCAGAUACUUUUUCUUGGUCCGUUUUCCAUAACAAAUCAAAGUUGAAGAAAUCUCAAAUUUUUGACCAAAACGAUAGACUAACCCCUUUGGAAAAACUCUAAUGUUGCGUUUUUCAUAAACAGUUGUUUUUAAAGUCUUUAAAGGCUUCUUUUUUAUCUAGAACGUCAGCAAACACUUUUUCUCGAUCUAUUUUUGAUAAACACAAAAGAUGAAGAAACUUCAACUUUUUGAGCAAAAUCAUGGACUAUCCCCUUUGCAAAAAAGGCAAUUUUGCCUUUUUUUCAAAUUUAUGUUUAUAUUGUCUAGAAAGGCUUGUUUUCUAAGGAGAACGUCACCAAAUACUUUUUCUCGGUGUAUUUUGCAUAAAACGAAACGUUAACAAAAUUUCAAAUUUUUGACCAAAACCAUGGACUAACCCCUUUGGAAAAAUGCGAAUUUCGUGGGUGUUUGAAACCGAUGUUUUGCUUAUUCACAAGGGCUUGUUUGCUAUAUAAAACGUCGAAAAAUCGUUUUUUUACGAUUUAUUUUGACGAUCUAUGACAUGGGAAUACAAUGGGUUACAAGGAAUUACUGGUGGUUACAACGGGUUACAAGGGGUGACAAGGGGUUACAAUGGGUUACAGCGGGUUACAAGGGGUUACAAUGGGUUACAGGGGGUUACAAGGUGUUAGAAGGGGUGACAGGGGGUUACUAAGGGUUACAGGGGGUUACAAGGGAAUACAGGGAGUUAGAAAGGAUUAUGGAAACUUCUUCUAACUAGAACGUUCCCGGAUACUUUUUCUUGGUCUGUUUUGCAUAAAAAUGAAAGUUGAAGAAGUCUCAAAUUUUUGACCAAAACGAUGGACUAACCCCUUUGGAAAAACUCUAAUUUUGCGUUUUUCAUAAAUAGUUGUUUUUAAAGUCUUUAAAGGCUUCUUUUUUAUCUAGAACGUCAGCAAACAGUUUUUCUCGAUCUAUUUUUGAUAAACACAAAAGAUGAAAAAACUUCAACUUUCUGACCAAAAUCAUGGACUAUCCCCUUUGCAAAAAUGCCAAUUUUGCCUUCUUUUUAAAUGCAUGUUUAUAUUGUCUAGAAAGGCUUGUUUUCUAAGAUGAACGUCACCAAAUACUUUUUCUCGGUGUAUUUCGCAUCAAACGAAACGUUUACAAAAUUUCAAAUUUUUGACCAAAACCAUGGAUUAACCCCUUUGGAAAAAUGCCAAUUUUGGUGGGUGUGUGAAACCGAUGUUUUCGUUAUUCGCAAAGGCUUGUUUGCUAUAUAAAACGUUUAAAAUCGUCUUUUUACAAGUUAUUUUCACGAUCUGUGACAUGGGAAUACAAGGGGUUACAAGGGGUUACAACGGGUGACAAGAGGUUACAAAGGGUUACAUGAGGUUAAAAGGGGUUACAGGGGGUUGCAAGGGGUUACAGGAGGUUAAAAGGGGUUACAAGGAGUGACAGGGGGUUACAAGGGGUUACAGUGGGUUACAAGGGCUGACAGGGGGUUACAAGGGGUUACAGUGGGUUACAAUGGGUGACAGGGGGUUACAACGGGUUACAAGGGGUUGCAAGGGGUGACAGGGGAAUAGAAGGGGUUACAGGCGGUUAAAAAGGAUUAUCGAAACUUUUUCUAACUAGAACGUUCUCAGAUACUUUUUCUUGGUCCGUUUUGCAUAACAAAUCAAAGUUGAAGAAAUCUCAAAUUUUUGACCAAAACGAUAGACUAACCCCUUUGGAAAAACUCUAAUGUUGCGUUUUUCAUAAACAGUUGUUUUUAAAGUCUUUAAAGGCUUCUUUUUUAUCUAGAACGUCAGCAAACACUUUUUCUCGAUCUAUUUUUGAUAAACACAAAAGAUGAAGAAACUUCAACUUUUUGAGCAAAAUCAUGGACUAUCCCUUUGCAAAAAAAGGCAAUUUUGCCUUUUUUCAAAUUUAUGUUUAUAUUGUCUAGAAAGGCUUGUUUUCUAAGGAGAACGUCACCAAAUACUUUUUCUCGGUGUAUUUUGCAUAAAACGAAACGUUAACAAAAUUUCAAAUUUUUGACCAAAACCAUGGACUAACCCCUUUGGAAAAAUGCGAAUUUCGUGGGUGUUUGAAACCGAUGUUUUGCUUAUUCACAAGGGCUUGUUUGCUAUAUAAAACGUCGAAAAAUCGUUUUUUUACGAUUUAUUUUGACGAUCUAUGACAUGGGAAUACAAUGGGUUACAAGGAAUUACUGGUGGUUACAACGGGUUACAAGGGGUGACAAGGGGUUACAAUGGGUUACAGCGGGUUACAAGGGGUUACAGGGGGUUACAAUGGGUUACAGGGGGUUACAAGGUGUUACAAGGGGUGACAGGGGGUUACUAAGGGUUACAGGGGGUUACAAGGGAAUACAGGGAGUUAGAAAGGAUUAUGGAAACUUCUUCUAACUAGAACGUUCCCGGAUACUUUUUCUUGGUCUGUUUUGCAUAAAAAUGAAAGUUGAAGAAGUGUCAAAUUUUUGACCAAAACGAUGGACUAACCCCUUUGGAAUAACUCUAAUUUUGCGUUUUUCAUAAAUAGUUGUUUUUAAAGUCUUUAAAGGCUUCUUUUUUAUCUAGAACGUCAGCAAACAGUUUUUCUCGAUCUAUUUUUGAUAAACACAAAAGAUGAAAAAACUUCAACUUUCUGACCAAAAUCAUGGACUAUCCCCUUUGCAAAAAUGCCAAUUUUGCCUUCUUUUUAAAUGCAUGUUUAUAUUGUCUAGAAAGGCUUGUUUUCUAAGAUGAACGUCACCAAAUACUUUUUCUCGGUGUAUUUCGCAUCAAACGAAACGUUUACAAAAUUUCAAAUUUUUGACCAAAACCAUGGAUUAACCCCUUUGGAAAAAUGCCAAUUUUGGUGGGUGUGUGAAACCGAUGUUUUCGUUAUUCGCAAAGGCUUGUUUGCUAUAUAAAACGUUUAAAAUCGUCUUUUUACGAUUUAUUUUCACGAUCUACGACAUGGGUAUACCGGGGGUUACAAGGGGUUAGAGGAGGUUACAAGGGGUUACAAGGGGUGGCAAGAGGUUACAAAGGAUUACAUGAGGUUACAAGGAGUGACAGGGGGUUACAAGGGGUUAUCGAAACUUUUUCUAACUAGAACGUUCCCAGAUACUUUUUCUUGGUCGGUUUUGCAUAAAAAUCAAAGUUGAAGAAAUCUCAAAUUUUUGACCAAAACAAUAGACUAACCCCUUUGGAAAAACUCUGAUUUUGCGUUUUUCAUAAACAGUUGUUUUUAAAGUCUUUAAAAGCUUCUUUUUUAUCUAGAACGUCAGCAAACACUUUUUUUCGAACUAUUUUUUAUAAACACAAAACAUGAAAAAACUUCAACUUUUUGACCAAAAUCAUGGACUAUCCCAUUUGCAAAAAUGCCAAUUUUGCUUUUUUUCCAAAUUUAUGUUUAUAUUGUCUAGAAAGGCUUGUUUUCUAAGGAGAACGUCACCAAAUACUUUUUCUCGGUGUAUUUUGCAUAAAACAAAACGUUAACAAAAUUUCAAUUUUUUGACCAAAACCAUGGACUAACCCCUUUGGAAAAAUGCCAAUUUCCUGGGUGUUUGAAACCGAUGUUCUGGUUAUUUACAAGGGCUUGUUUGCUAUAUAAAACGUCGAAAAAUUGUUAUUUUACGAUUUAUUUUGACGAUUUAUGACAUGGGAAUAUAUGGGGUUACAAGGAAUUACAGGUGGUUACAAGGGGUGACAAGGGGUUACAAUGGGUUACAGGGGGUUACAAGGGGUGACAGGGGGUUAGAAGGUGUUACAGGGGGUUACAAGGAAAUACAGGGUGUUACAAAGGAUUAUAUAAACUUUUUCUAAGUAAAACGUUCCCAGAUACUUUUUCUUGCUCUGUUUUGUAUAAAAAUCAAAGUUGAAGAAAUCUCAAAUUUUUGACCAAAACUAUGGACUAACCCCUUUGGAAAAAUUCUAAUUUUGCGUUUUUCAUAAACAGUUGUUUUUAAAGUCUUUAAAGGCUUCUUUUUUAUCUAGAACGUCAGCAAACACUUUUUCUCGAUCUAUUUUUGAUAAAGACAAUAGAUGAAAAAACUUCAACUUUUUGACCAAAAUCAUGGACUAUCCCCUUUGCAAAUUUGCCAAUUUUGCCUUUUUUUUAAAUCCAUGUUGAUAUUGUCUAGAAAGGCUUGUUUUCUAAGGAGAACGUCACCAAAUACUUUUUCUCGGUGUAUUUUGCAUAAAACGAAACGUUUACAAAAUUUCAAAUUUUUGACCAAAACCAUGGACUAACCCCUUUGGAAAAAUGCCAAUUUUGUGGGUGUUUGAAACCGAUGUUUUGGUUAUUGACAAGGGCUUGUUUGCUAUAUAAAACGUCGAAAAAUCGUUUUUUUACGAUUUAUUUUCACGAUCUAUAACAUGGGAAUACAGGGGGUUACAAGGAAUUUCAGGUGGUUACAAGGGAUUACAAGGGGUGACAAGGGGUUACAAUGGGUUACAGGGGGUUACAAAGGGUUACAGGGGCUUACAAGGGGUUAAAAGGGGUUACUUUGCGUUACAAAGGGAUACAAGGGGUGACAGGGGGUUACAAGGGGUGAGAGGGGGUUACAAGGGGUGACAGGUUGUUACAAGGGGUUACAAGGGGUGACAGGGGUUUACAAGGAGUUACAUGGCGUCACAAAGGAUUUUAGAACCUUUUUUCAAACUAGAACGUUUCCAGAUACUUUUCCUUGGUCUAUUUUGCAUAAAAAUCAAAGUUGAAGAAAUGUCAGAUUUUUGACCAAAACGAUGGACUAACCCCUUAGAAAAAAUUCUAAUGCUGCGUUUUUUAUAAACACUUGUUUUUAAAGUCUUUAAAGGCUUCUUUUUUAUCUAGAACGUCAGCAAACACUUUUUCUCGAUCUAUUUUUGAUAAACACGAAAGAUAAAAAAAACUUCAAAUUUUUGACGAAAAUCAUGGACUAACCCCUUUGGAAAAAUGCCAAUUUUGUGGGUGUUUGAAACCGAUGUUUUCGUUAUUUAGAAAGGCUUGUUUGCUAAAUAAAACGUUUAAAAUCGUCUUUGUACGAUUUAUUUUCACGAUCUAUGACAUGGGAAUACCGGGGGUUACAAGGGGUUACAAGGGGUGACAAGAGGUUCCAAAGGGUUACAAGGGGUUACAAGGGGUGACAGUGGGUUACAAGGGGUUACAGGGGGUUUCAAGGGGUGACAGGGGGUUACUAGGGUUACAGUGGGUUACAAUGGGUGACAGGGGGUUACAAGGGGUAACAGGGGGUUACAAAGGGUUACAGGCGGUUACAAAGGAUUAUAGGAACUUUUUCUAGCUAGAACGUUCCCAGGUACUUUUUCUUGGUCUGUUUUGCAUAAAAAUGAAAGUUGAAGAAAUCUCAAAUUUUUGACCCAAACGAUGGAAAAAUUCUAAUUUUGCGUUUUUCAUAAACAGGUGUUUUUAAAGUCUUUAAAGGUUUCUUUUUUAUCUAGAACGUCAGCAAACACUUUUUCUCGGUCUAUUUUUAAAAAGCACAAAACAUGAAAAAACUUCAACUUUUUGACCAAAAUCAUGGACUAUCCCCUUUGGAAUGAUGCCAAUUUUGUGGGUCUUUGAAACCGAUGUUUUGGUUAUUCACAAGGGCUUGUUUGCUGUAUAAAACGUUGAAAAAUCGGUUUUUUUGCAAUUUAUUUUGGUGAUCUAUGACAUUGGAAUACAAGGGGUUACAAGGAGUUACAGGUAGUUACAAGGGGUUACAAGGGGUGACAAGGGGUUACAAUGGGUUACAGGGGGUUACAAGGGGUUACAGGGGGUUACAAUGGGUUACAGGGGGUUACAAUGGGUUACGAGGGGUUACAAGGGAAUACAGGGAGUUACAAAGGAUUAUGGAAACUUUUUCUAACUAGAACGUUCCCAGAUACUUUUUCUUGGUCUGUUUGGCAUAACAAAUCAAAGUUGAAGAAAUCUCAAACUUUUCACCAAAACGAUGGACUAACCCCUUUGGAAAAAUUCUAAUUUUGCGUUUUUCAUAAACAGUUGUUUUUAAAGUCUUUAAAGGCUUCUUUUUUAUCUAGAACGUCAGCAAACACUUUUUCUCGAUCUAUUUUUGAUAAAGACAAUAGAUGAAAAAACUUCAACUUUUUGACCAAAAUCAUGGACUAUCCCCUUUGCAAAUUUGCCAAUUUUGCCUUUUUUUUAAAUCCAUGUUUAUAUUGUUUAGAAAGGCUUGUUUUCGAAGGAGAACUUACCCAAAUACUUUUUCUCGGUGUAUUUUGCAUAAAACAAAACGUUUACAAAAUUUCAAAUUUUUGGCCAAAACCAUGGAAAAAUACCAACUUUGUGGGUGUUUGAAACCGAUGUUUUGGUUAUUCACAAGGGCUUGUUUGCUAUAUAAAAGGUCUUAAAAUCGUUUUUUUACGAUUUAUUUUCACGAUCUAUAACAUGGGAAUACAGGGGGUUACAAGAAAUUACAGGUGGUUACAAGGGAUUACAAGGGGUGACAAGGGGUUACAAUGGGUUACAGGGGGUUACAAGGGGUUACAAAGGGUUACAGGGGCUUACAAGGGGUUACAGGGGCUUACAAGGGGUUACAAGGGAAUGCAGGGAGUUACAAAGGAUUAUGGAAACUUUUUCUAACUAGAACUUUCCCAGAUACUUUUUCUUGGUCUGUUUUGCAUAAAAAUGAAAGUUGAAGAAAUCUCAAAUUUUUGACCAAAACGAUGGACUAACCCCUUUGGAAAAACUCUAAUUUUGCGUUUUUCAUAAGCAGUUGUUUUCAAAGUCUUUAAAGGCUUCUUUUUUAUCUAGAACGUCAGCAAACACUUUUUCUCGAUCUAUUUUUGAUAAACACAAAAGAUGAAAAAGCUUCAACUUUUUGAGCAAAAUCAUGGACUAUCCCCUUUGCAAAAAUGCCAAGUUUGCCUUCUUUUUAAAUCCAUGUUUAUAUUGUCUAGAAAGGUUUGUUUUCUAAGAUGAACGUCACCAAAUACUUUUUCUCGGUGUAUUUUGCAUAAAACGAAACGUUUACAGAAUUUCAAAUUUUUGACCAAAACUAUGGACUAAUCCCCUUUUUAUAAAUGCCAAUUUUGGUGGGUGUGUGAAACCGAUGUUUUCGUUAUCCGCAAAGGCUUGUUUGCUAUAUAAAACGUUUAAAAUCGUCUUUUUACGAGUUAUUUUCACGAUCUAUGACAUGGGAAUACAGGGGGUUACAAGGGGUUACAGGAGGUUACAAGGGGUUACAACGGGUGACAAGAGGUUACAAAGGGUUACAUGAGGUUACAAGGGGUUACAGGGGGUUGCAAGGGGUUACAGGAGGUUAAAAGGGUUUACAAGGAGUGACAGGGGGUUACAAGGGGUUACAGUGGGUUACAAGGGCUGACAGGGGGUUACAAGGGAUUACAGUGGGUUACAAUGGGUGACAUUGGGUUACAACGGGUUACAGGGGGUUGCAAGGGGUGACAGGGGUAUACAAGGGGUUACAGGCGGUUACAAAGGAUUAUCGAAACUUUUUCUAACUAGAACGUUCCCAGAUACUUUUUCUUGGUCCAUUUUGCAUAAAAAUCAAAGUUGAAGAAAUCUCAAAUUUUUGACCAAAACGAUAGACUAACCCCUUUGGAAAAACUCUAAUUUUGCGUUUUUCAUAAACAGUUGUUUUGAAAGUCUUUAAAGAAUUCUUUUUUAUCUAGAACGUCAGCAAACACUUUUUUUCGAUCUAUUUUUGAUAAAGACAAAAGAUGAAAAAACUUCAACUUUUUGACCAAAAUCAUGGACUAUCCCCUUUGCAAAAAAGGCAAUUUUGCCUUUUUUUCAAAUUUAUGUUUAUAUUCUCUAGAAAGACUUGUUUUCUAAGGAGAACGUCACCAAAUACUUUUUCUCGGUGUAUUUUGCAUAAAACGAAACGUUAACAAAAUUUCAAAUUUUUGACCAAAACCAUGGACUAACCCCUUUGGAAAAAUGCGAAUUUUGUGGGUGUUUGAAACCGAUGUUUUGCUUAUUCAGAAGGGCUUGUUUGCUAUAUAAAACGUCGAAAAAUCGUUUUUUUACGAUUUAUUUUGACGAUCUAUGACAUGGGAAUACAAGGGGUUACAAGGAAUUACAGGUGGUUACAACGGGUUACAAGGGGUGACAAGGGGUUACAAUGGGUUACAGGGGGUUACAAUGGGUUACAGGGGGUUACAAGGGGUGACAGGGGGUUACAAGGGGUGACAGGGGGUUACAAAGGGUUACAGGGGGUUACAAAGGAAUACAGGGAGUUACAAAGGAUUAUAUAAACUUUUUCUAAGUAAAACGUUCCCAGAUACUUUUUCUUGCUCUGUUUUGUAUAAAAAUCAAAGUUGAAGAAAUCUCAAAUGUUUGACCAAAACGAUGGACUAACCCCUUUGGAAAAAUUCUAAUUUUGCGUUUUUCAUAAACAGUUGUUUUUAAAGUCUUUAAAGGCUUCUUUUUUAUCUAGAACGUCAGCAAACACUUUUUCUCGAUCUAUUUUUGAUAAAAACAAAAGAUGAAAAAACUUCAACUUUUUGACCAAAAUCAUGGACUCUCCCCUUUGCAAAUUUGCCAAUUUUGCCUUUUUUUUAAAUCCAUGUUUAUAUUGUCUACAAAGGCUUGUUUUCUAAGGAGAACGUCACCAAAUACUUUUUCUCGGUGUAUUUUGCAUAAAACGAAACGUUUACAAAAUUUCAAAUUUUUGACCAAAACCAUGGACUAACCCCUUUGGAAAAAUACGAAUUUUGUGGGUGUUUGAAACCGAUUUCUUGGUUAUUCACAAGGGCUUGUUUCCUAUAUAAAACGUCGAAAAGUCGUUUUUUUUACGAUUUAUUUUCACGACCUAUAACAUGGGAAUACAGGGGGUUACAAGGAAUUACAGGUGGUUACAAGGGGUUACAAUGGGUGACAAGGGGUUACAGGGGGUUACAAGGGGUUACCGGGGGUUACAAGGGCCUACUGGGGCUUACAAGGGGUUACAGGGGGUUACAGGGGGUUACAAGGGGUGACAGGGGGUUACAAGUGGUGACAGGGGGUUACAAGGUGUGACAGGUGGUUACAAGGGAUUACAAGUUGUGACAGGGGUUUACAAGGAGUUACAUGGGGUUACAAAGGAUUUUAGAACCUUUUUUCAAACUAGAACGUUUCAGAUACUUUUCCUUGGUCUAUUUUGCAUAAAAAUCAAAGUUGAGGAAAUGUCAAAUUUUUGACCAAAACGAUGGACUAACCUCUUAGGAAAAAUCCUAAUGCUGCGUUUUUCACAAACAGUAGUUUUUAAAGUCUUUAAAGGCUUCUUUUUUAUCUAGAACGUUAGCAAACACAUUUUCUCGAUCUAUUUUUGAUAAACACUAAACAUGAAAAAACUUCAAAUUUUUGACGAAAAUCAUGGACUAUCCCCUUUGCAAAAAUGCGAAUUUUGCCUUCUUUUUAAAUCCAUGUUGUAUUGCUUGCUAAGGAGAACGUCACCAAAUACUUUUUCUCGGUGUAUUUUGCAUAAAACAAAACGUUAACAAAAUUUCAAAUUUUUGACUAAAACCAUAGACUAACCCCUUUGGAAAAAUGCCUAUUUUGUGGGUGUUUGAAAGCGAUGUUUUGGUUAUUCACAAAGUCUUGUUUGCUAUAUAAAACGUCGAGAAUCAUUUUUUUUACGAUUUAUUUUCACGAUCUAUGACAUGGGAAUACAGGGGGUUACAAGGGGUUACAGGUGGUUACAAGGGGUUACAAGGGGUUACAAAGGGUUUCCGGGGGUUACAAGGGGUAAUAAGGUUUGACAGGGGGUUACAAGGGGCUACAGGGGGUUACAAGGGGUGACAGGGGGUUACAAGGGGUUACAGUGAGUUACCAGGGGUGACAGGGGGUUACAAGGCGUUAAAAGGGGUGACAGGAGUUACAAGGGGUUACAGGAGGCUACAAUGGUUUACAGGGGGUUACAGUAAACCUUUUUUUUAACUAGAUCGUAGCCAGAUCCUUUUUCUUGGUUUAAUAGUCUUGAAAGGCUUCUUUUCUAUUUAGAACGUCGGCAAACACAUUUCCUUGAUCUAUUUUUGACAAACACAAAAGAUAAAAAAGCUUUAACUUUUUGGCCAAAAUCGUGGACUACCCCUUUGCAACAAUGAAAAUUUUCGGUUUUUUUAAACGGCUGUAUUUGCAGUCCAGAAAAGAUUCUUUUCGACAUAAAAUGUCAAAACUCGUUUCUUCGCGAUUUAUUUUCACGAUUUAUUUUCACGAAUUAUUGCACGAUAAUCUUUGUUAUCAUUGUAAACACAUGUGUCUCUAGGCGCUCUGUUGAUAAUAAAGCACUUAUCCUAUCCUAUCCUGGGGAUACAAGGGGUUACAAAAGGUUACAGGGGGUUACAAGGGAUUAUAUGGGUUUACAGGAGAUUACAGGGGGUUUCAAGGGGUUACAUGGGGUUACAAGGGGUUAAAAGGGGUUACAGGGGAUUACAGGGGGUUUCUGGGGGUUACAGGGGAUUACAAAGGGUUAGAAGACGCUGCAAGGGGUUACAAGGGAUUAAAGGGGGUUACAGGGGUUUACAGGGGAUUACAAGGUGUUACAAAGGCUUACAGGGAGGUACAGAAAACCUGUUUUCUAACUUGAUCGUAACCAGAUACUUUUUCUUGGUCUAUUUCGCUUAAAAAUAAAAGUUGAAUAAAUCUCACAUUUUUGAUGAAAACAAUGAACUUUGGAAGAAAGGGAAAUUUGCGUUUUUCAUAAACAGAUGUUCUAAUAGUCUUGAAAGGCUUCUUUUCCAUCCAGAACGUCAGCAAACACUUUUUCUCGAUCUAUUUUUGAUAAACACAAAAGAUGAAAAAACUUCAACUUUUUGUCCUAAAUCAUGGACUAACCCCUUUGCAAAAAGGCAAUUUUGCGGUUUUCUUAAAUCCAUGUUUCUAUUGUCUAGAAAGGCUUGCUUUUUAACGAAAACGUCACCAAAUUGUCUUGGUGUAUUUUGCAUUUAAAACGUCAAAAGUGGAAUUUUCACGAUAUAUUUUCGCAAUGUAUGACAUGGUGAUACUUGAGGGUUACACGGUGAUUACAGGGGGUUUUAAGGUCUUACUGGGGGUUACAGAAAAUCUUUUUUCUAAGUAGAUCGUCCUCAGAUACUUUGUCUUCGUCUAUUUUGCAUAAAAAUAAAAGUUGAAUAAAUUUCAAAUUUUUGACAAAAACUAUGGAGUUACCCCUUUGGAAAAAAGUGAAAAUUGCGUUCUUCGUAAACAGAUGUUCUAGAAGUCUUGAAAGGCUUCUUUCCUGUGCAGAACGUCAGCAAACACUUUUUCUCGAUCUGUUUUUGAUUAACACAAAAGAUUAAAAAACUUCAACAUUUUUUUUACCAAAAUCAUGGACUAACCCCUUUGGGAAAAUAUUAAUUUUGCGGUUUUCUUAAAUCCAUGCCUUUGUACGGACAGUUCAUUUGGUCCUAAAAUAUCCUCUGUACUUUUAUAAUACGGGCACCUCGAUUUUCUAGAACCUUUGUUGUAAAUGGUAAACAACCCGUUUUUCGCGAGGGUUUGGGACUCGAGAUACAUAGUAUUUCUAGUAUAGUAUACUGGCACCUCUAUGAUGCGGACACCUUUGCAAUGCGUAGGGUUGGCUCUCUCCUUUUGUAUGUAUGUCAUGAACAUGUGUUUAAACAUGCUAUGAAAACAUACAUGGCUGAAUUUAACUCGGAUUCUUUCAAUCAAAGUGGCAUAGAACCACGGAUUUGUGUAAAUUGUUUGAAGUCGCUUAAUUCAAUAGAAACCAGGUUCGUAUCGAUAAGCUCUAUUGACUUGUUGUCUUGCUGGGUCCCUUGUGUAAUUUGUUCAACUUUUCAAGCUAGCAUAUCUGAAAAUUAGUCAAUCAUGAAUUUGAUUUUCGAUGUCAUCUCUUGGCAUUCUCUCCCGGAUACUCGUUCUUUUUGGAGCUGAGUGAUGGAGCGCUUUCCAUUCUGCCCAAAAUUCCGGAAAUUUUGGUUAGAAAUCAAAUGGAACAAGCCAUUUCGGUUCGGUCCGACCGGAAUAUUUGGGACCACCUUUGAAGGUCGGUGGGACCAAAAGUCCCUUUCCAUUUGACAAAAUUGUUGUUCCUAGUACCGCUCUUUUGCAUCCUGCUUACUAGAACAAUAACCAAACGGGCGGUGGCUUGGGUCGGGUCUGUGCAACCGGAAUGUACCAUUUCAUUGGGCACGUGGAAUUUCCGAAAUCUUGAACUGGAAUUUUCGUUGAAUUGAAGUCCGCGUGCCUUUCAAAACCGCCUAGUCAAACCCAAUAUCAAGUAAAUUCGUUCGCUCAGUAACCACCGUCUUCAAACUCCUUGUGUUUCAGUUGAUUACAGCUUAUCGCGUUUGAAGUUAAGUGAACAAUAAUUCAAUACCAGAAAAGAAAAGUAAAAUUCAACAAUAACGCCACCUUUCUCGGUCUUUGCCAUAACGCAUAGAACAUCUAGCCUCUCUGUAUUUAUGGUUAUCUCGAAAAAAUGUUCACCACAACUACAAAGCAAACACUGAAAUAAAACCUGACUGGUUCUCCCUUUUCUCUAGUCCCAGUUACCCGGCGUGAGCGUCACUCUUCCCAUGGUUAUCUUCGGAGUUUUGACUGUUGCUGCUGGCCUUAUGACACUGUGGCUUCCGGAAACGCUUCUUGCACCCAUGCAUCAGACGAUCGAAGAAAUGGAACUGGAAAAGGAGUAUUAUGGGCUGAUAUGGAUGGAAAAACCAUAUCCCUCUUCCAUACCAUGCUUUAAGAGGUAAUUUGAAACAUAAACUACACAGAAGACAGAGAGAUUGGGAGGGGAUCCUGUUUGAAGGUGAAGGCGGGGAGAUAAUAAGAAAGAUAGCUGUUUAUCUUAACAUGGAGAAAGGUGACUGAAAGAAUUUCAAAGAUUUCUUUUUUCUAUUUGUUUAUACUAGCAACUCUUCAGACUGGGAUGGAGUUCCAAUGGAGGACAAGACAUCAACAAAAAGUGGAGAUAACGAAUCUGAUAACGGGUCCAUAAUACUCAAGCAAUCGUCGGAAAUAUUUCCAAAUGAGACUUAA